GAUCAACCGCGCUCUCGUAUUGUUGUUGUUGUGGUGAUGAUGGCGGCAGGCACGGAGGCCCCGGACUCCUGGUAUCUCGCUCUUCUCGGUUUCGCCGAACAUUUCCGAACCUCCAGUCCUCCAAAAAUCCGCUUGUGUGUGCACUGCCUCCAGGCCGUCUUCCAGUUCAAGCCCCCGCAGAGAGUGGAGGCCCGCACGCACCUGCAGCUCGGCUCGGUGCUCUAUCACCACACGAAGAACAGCGAGCUGGCCCGCACGCACCUCGAGAAAGCGUGGUUCAUUUCACAGCAGAUAGCUCAGUUUGAGGAUGUGAAGUUCGAGGCGGCGAGUCUCCUGUCGGAGCUCUACUGUCAGCAGAAGUUCUCUUCUCUUCUGAAGAACCUGGUUGAUUCGGCGAAACCACUGCUACGAAAGGCCAUCCAGAUCUCACAGCAGACCCCCUACUGGCACUGCAGACUGCUCUUCCAGCUCGCGCAACUGCACACUCUGGAGAAGGACCUGGUGUCAGCGUGUGAUCUUCUGGGGGUCGGAGCGGAGUACGCCAGAGUGGUGGGCUCUGAAUACACCAGAGCUCUCUUCCUGUUGAGCAAAGGCAUGCUGCUGCUGAUGGAGCGUAAGCUGCAGGAGGUUCAUCCGCUCCUGACUCUCUGUGGACAGAUCGUGGAGACCUGGCAGGGAAACCCCAUCCAGAAGGAGUCUCUGCGCGUCUUCUUCCUGGUGCUGCAGGUCACACAUUACCUGGACGCCGGACAGGUGAAGAGCGUCAAGCCGUGUCUGAAGCAGCUGCAGCAGUGCAUCCAGACCAUCUCCACGCUCCACGAUGAUGAGAUCCUGCCCAGUAACUCGGCCGAUCUCUUCCACUGGCUGCCCAAAGAGCACAUGUGUGUCCUGGUCUACCUGGUGACGGUCAUGCACUCGAUGCAGGCUGGGUAUCUGGAGAAAGCUCAGAAAUACACUGAUAAAGCCCUCAUGCAGCUGGAGAAGCUGAAGAUGUUGGACUGCAGCCCCAUCCUUUCCUCGUUUCAAGUCAUUCUGCUGGAGCACAUCAUCAUGUGUCGUCUGGUGACGGGACACAAGGCCACGGCGCUGCAGGAGAUCUCUCAGGUGUGUCAGCUCUGUCAGCAGUCUCCACGGCUCUUCUCCAAUCACGCGGCUCAGCUCCACACACUGCUGGGCUUGUACUGUAUCUCUGUUAACUGUAUGGACAACGCUGAGGCCCAGUUCACGACAGCGCUACGGCUCACCUCCCAUCAGGAGCUGUGGACGUUCAUCGUCACUAACCUGGCGAGUGUGUACAUCAGAGAGGGGAACAGACAUCAGGAGCUCUACAACCUGCUGGAGAGGAUAAACCCAGACCAGAACUUCCCCGUCAGUUCUCACUGUCUGCGCGCCGCUGCCUUCUACAUCAGAGGACUUCUGUCCUUCUUCCAGGGACGCUACAACGAGGCCAAGCGUUUCCUGCGCGAGACGCUGAAGAUGUCGAAUGCGGAGGAUCUGAAUCGUCUGACGGCCUGCUCUCUGGUGCUGCUGGGACACAUAUUCUACGUGCUGGGGAACCACAGAGAGAGUAACAACAUGGUGGUUCCAGCGAUGCAGCUGGCCAGUAAGAUCCCAGACAUGUCUGUGCAGCUCUGGUCAUCCGCUCUGCUCAAGGAUCUGAACAAGGCCUGUGGGAACUCGAUGGACGCACAUGAAGCAGCGCAGAUGCACCAGAACUUCUCCCAGCAGCUCCUGCAGGAUCACAUCGCCGCCUGCAGCCUGCCGGAGCACAACCUCAUCAGCUGGACUGAAGGCCCUCCUCCUGUGCAGAUUCAGGCUCAGAAUGGACCCACCACCAGCCUGGCCAGCCUGCUUUAAACACACACACUCACACACACAGACACAGACACACACACACUCAUGGGACGAGCGAGACUCCGCUUCCUUUCACCUGCAGACUCCUCUGUUUUAUUGUUCAGAUUUUAACUUAUUGAGUUGUUCAUGGUUCAUCUUCUUCGGUUGUGUUUGAUUGGCUGUGUUCAGAGCGAGGACAGACAGGGGUCAGAGGUCACACAUCGCUCCUCACUGUUGAGCUGUGCUGGUUAGCAGCAGUAACGAGUCGUUCAGUGUUCCCAUCCUCAGACUGACCAACUCUCAUCUCGACUCAGAUUCACCUCAAAACAAAACAGAUUUCACUCUCAGAGAAAAUUCAGCCCGGUUCAGGAUUUUUUUUUUUUUUUGCUUGGUCAUUGUUCAUGACACAUUUAACCCCUUCAUUCUCAUUAAUGUAAUCUUAAUUUUGUUGAUUUUUAUUUGAAUUAUGCAUUCUUAAAGUUUUGUACUACUUUCAAUUUAUGCUGGUUUAAAUAAAUCUUCACAGUAUUUAUGUGCUUACAGUAAUGAGAGAAACAGCAGUUUUUGCACAAAUGUGUUUAUGAAAAUAACAUCACUGCAAAAAAAUAAUUUUAUUAGGCCUCACUUUCAUGACAGGGAAUAUGAUUUAUCAUUAUUUUGGAGUGAAUGUGGACAUGUUUUCCUGUGAUUGAGCCACAGAACAGAGGUGUGUGAGACCGCAGGAACAGGAAGUCACAUGACCAGCAGCUCUGGAUCUGAUGUGUGAUCUCUCUCUGUGCGCUGAUGUCUUUACACACGUCUCAGAACACGUUUGUUUUCUUCUUGCACGUCUCUGUACAAACACUUUUCUUUUAAAGGUAUUAGCCUCUUUUCCUCCGUAGUUUUAACAGAUACAUUUAUUAAAUUUUGUAAAGUUUGAGUAUUUAUAUGCCACAUUUAACAAUCUUAUAAUCUUUGUCAUUAUAUUGAUUUGGAAUAGCCUUGGUUUGUAUAAAUGUUGUUUCAGUAGUUUCUCAGAUCAGCCGCCGCUCUUUCUAAUAACUGUUUUUAAACUCAUUGUAUUUCUUUGUGUCUGCUUCAAAAUCAUCAGGAUAUUUUUUUUAUUAAAUUGGAGAAGUGUAUGAACGA